AUGGGGGAGCAGGAGCUGGAAGGUAUCAAUGUGAGCGGGAAGAUGACGGUGAUUGCCGCGAACGCCAGCUUCGUUGGCUGCAGAAACAGAAUGCAGGAUGGAAAAGGCGGAGCUCUGUUCAUCCAGCGAGACUUUAUCGUCAGCAACAGCAGCGUCAAGUUCGAGAACUGCAGAGCAUCAGAAGGCGGGGGCCUCUACACUGACGGCAGCUUCUCCCAAGCAGAAGAAAGCACGGUGACCUUCGAGAACUGCACAGCAGGUGAGACACAGCAAGACACGGCAAGACCAUGUUCCGACGGCGGAGGUGCACGCGUGUCGAAAAACUUCACGCAGGGACGCAACAGCUCCGCCAGCUUCCGCAGCUGCAGUGCGAGUGAAGAUGGUUGCCUCUACGCUGGCGGCAGCUUCUCCCAAGAAGCAGAAGGCACGGUGAGCUUCGAGAACUGCACGGCUUCUGGCUUCAGCGGCGGAGGUGCAUGCGUGAGGGAAAACUUCAGACAGGGACCGAAGAGCUCCGCCAUCUUCCGUGACUGCAGUUCGCAAUCUGGAGGUCUGGGAUUGAGGGUGUGGGGCUUGCGGGCUCCUCAGAUUCCAGGUUUCAAAGGCGAUUUUGGGGUUGGGCUGCAGCAGUUGCGGAACAUGCUGGAGCCUCUGCCUGCAUGUUUUGGAGUCUGCCGGGUGCACCAAGGCGACGGAGGCGGCCUCUACACUGGCGGCAGCUUUUCCCUAGAAGCAGAAAGCUCGGUGACCUUCGAGAACUGCACGGCUUCUGGAGCCUCGGUUGCAUCCGGGAGCCCUCUGGGCGAACGUGUCGGGGAGUUGAAGGCCUCGUUAUUCCGGGCAGCGGGCAGUUCAGGGUAG